AUGAAAGUCUAUUACUUUGGAAAGGGCGGCUUAGAUUCAAACAGAGCAGACACUGACUAUAGAAAGUUCGGAUUAGGUGUUACUGGAGAUAUUGUCGCCCACUUCUUAGAACCGUACCAUCGUCAGGGUCGCGUUGUGUAUGUUGACAAUUGGUACACAUCUCCUGCCUUGGCAGAAUGUUUGCAUGACCGAGAUACUGGUCUGUGUGGGACAGUAAAAGCAAAUAGAAAGGGAAUGCCGAAACUGGAAAAUAAGUUAUCACGAAGACAAAUACAAGUUGCUCACACUGACGUCUGGAUGGCAAUGAAAUGGGAAGACAAAAGAAGUGUGCGUAUGUUGUCAACUGUGCACGAGGUUGAUUUUUGUCCAACUGGCAAGAAACGUCGUGGCACAGAUGAGGAUAUCAUGAAACCAACGUGUAUCCACGACUGUAACCAAAAUAUGGGAGGUGCAGACAAUGUAAACAGACAACUAUCCAUCACUGAAACUGUACGAAAAACAAUGAAAUGGUACCGCAAACUAUUUUUUCACCUAGUGGAUUUGUGCCUCUCAAACGCUCACGCCAUGUAUAAAAUGAGAAAUGCAGGACCUGCUCCAUUUCCAGAGUUUCGAUUAGAGGUUGUCAGGGCUUUGUUGAAAUUAACACCUGGAGACUCUAGUAUGCCAAAAGCUACUUCUAGUGUAGAGGUGGAGAUGGCCGUUGAGUCGGCGCCGCCGAAUCUUGAUCCCGGGCUUGUUGGGGGUCCCCGGGGCACUACACCACUGAAGCUGGAAGACCAGACUCAAAUAGUGACAAAUUGUCGACCAGUGCCUUGA